AUGUCGCUCGUACUCAAGAGACCGUUCUCUAAUGCCGUGACUUUCACGUCGUUAAACAAACCACUAUCACAGUCGCCUGCUGUGGGACAUAUGCAGCCGAGUAAAACAUGCAAAUUGAAGGUGCCACUUCUAAAGAGUCCCUCUCAUUUGGGUCAUUACACCUCGAGAGUCAAUCGAAUGUAUAACGAGGAUCGCUACAGCGCAUGCGUACUUGAUUUGCCAGGGAAAACCGUGUUUAACUUCAACAUCUUUGAUGGUCAUGGUGGUGAGCAAUGUCUGUCGUUUCUCCUGAGUAAAUUAGGGCAGGUAGUUGAGGAUUCUACCCAACUAACUGAGGAUCCAGAGAAGCGUGAUGCACUAGUUAAGAACUAUGGACGGGACAUUGGUGGCUAUUGGCGAAGAUGGUACAAGCAUCGGGAGGCAAAUUUUAAGAAAAUGCAGCUGGCAACGCCCCAGAUCACUUCGCUCACGAACCUUCCUGACCUAAAAGAUGACUUGAUGCUUAGGUUGCCCAUGGCGUUUCUUGAGGCCGAUUACCAGUUUUUCCACGAAGAAGAUAAUCAGCUGGGCUCUACGUGUACGUCGCUCUACUUGGAGACCGUCUACGCAGAGCUGCCGGGCGAAUUCAAACCCGUAUACGAAGACUACUUCUUCAAUAGGAAGACCAUUUCCAAGUUGACAGUAGCACAUGUUGGCGAUACCAAGGCAAUUUUGGUAGACAAAACAGGAGAGGCACAUCCAUUGACCAUUUCACAUCAUCCUUCGAACCCCAUGGAAGCGUCUCGGUUGAGAAAGUAUCUGGCGCAAUACUUUAUGGCUGACUCUUUUGGCGAGGAGAGAUUCAUUUCUUUGGCUAAUACGCGAGCAUUUGGAGACCUUAAUUUCAAGGAGAUGGGUGUAACGGCCGAGCCUGAUGUUUCUCAAUAUAUUAUCGGAGACAAAGCCACCAUUGGCAAAAUGCUCACUCCAGAAGAGAUUCGGACGUCAACCAUUGCAGGAAUGGGUGGAGAUGAGUCUUUCUUGCUUCUCUGCACUGAUGGUGUGACCAACGAGCUUACGGAUCAGGAAAUAGCUGAUAUUGUCAUGGUCAACUUUAAUAACCAUGGCCAUCUCAAGGCUUCACCUCAAUUUUGUGCACAACAGGUAAUCAAGUUCGUGGAAUAUAUUGGUGGAGACGAUAAUGCGACAUGUUUAGUUGUCCGCCUCAAUGGAUGGGGAAAAUGGCCGAUAAUGGAUCGUACGGGAGAUUUGAGACUGGAAAGAUUAAAUGACUAUUCUCCUCGUGAUAGGAGAGAUUAA